AUGGAUCCUGCGCGGAAAGAAAAGUCAACCUUCCCUUGGAAAUUGUCGAUUGGGCUGCUUAUUGUCGGCCUUUUGACAAGCGUGUACACUUGGGCAGAUUCGGUCAAAUCCAAAUGGUACAUUUUUGAUCCCGUGGCACUGCAGAAGCUGGUCGACGAAAGCAUCGAACGCUACCCGGAAUCGACUGCGGGGGUGGUGCACAACAUUGUUACAACCCUCCGAGAACAAUAUGGAUCUACUCUCAUCAGCGAAGAUCCGUUCCCUCAUGCUAGCGAGAAUACCACGGACAUUUCACCCAUCUCCCCCUAUGCCUCGCAAUGGCUAUGGAGCAAUGCUGGCGGUGCCAUGGGAAGCAUGUACAUUAUCCACGCAAGCAUCACCGAGUAUCUGAUCGUCUUCGGCACAGCUCUUGGGACCGAAGGGCACACCGGCCGCCAUACCGCAGACGACUACUUUUUCAUCCUUGAGGGCGAGCAAUGGGCGUACCCAGCACAUUCCUUGGCUCUUGAACGCUAUCCGAAAGGGACUAUGCACCAUCUCCGUAGGGGCAAUGUCAAGCAAUACAAAAUGCACCGCGGCUGUUUUGCCCUUGAACUCGCCCAAGGUUGGAUUCCACCUAUGCUUCCGUUCGGGCUGGCCGAUACGAUGUUUUCUACCUUGGAUUUUCAGGAAUUUGCCCGUACGGUGUGGUUGACAGGGCAAAAGAUGGUUGGUAGUCUGCUGGCGGGGAAGAUCUAG